CAACGCGAGAGGAUCACAAGCUCGGAAAGCGAUGGAUUAUUUCGCAGCAUUACUCUGAGUUCUCGUAGUGGUGCAAACAACAUUCAAACAAAACUAUUUUUAGCCAGUGGUUUGCCAACAACAAAGGCAAGAAAAAACAAAACAAAUUUCAACAUUUUGAAUGGUUCUUAAAAUGAAAUAAACAAGAUGAAAAUUUAGGAGUGUUUCUCUAGUGUUUCUUUUGGAUCAAAUCAUCUGGAUUAGUGGAAUCAGCAGGCAUGAAUAACCACAAGUUGGAUGCCAUAGAUUACAGCGGCAGCACAAUGCAGAUAACAAGCAACAUGCUGCAGUCGCAGUCGAAUCUGCAGCAGGCGUUGCCCUUCAAUUCCACCAUACUGAGGGACUACAAGAUAACCGAAGGCGAGAUUGCGGACUUUGUCAAGCUGAUGCACGAGUUCCAGCGGAACAACCAAUCCUUGCUUCACGACGAAUGCUCGGGCUACUGCCAGGGUGAAAUCUACAACUGGCUGAAGGCCUACAACAGCAUUCAUGGCUAUGUCUCGCUAAUGAUUUGCAUUUUCGGCACAAUAGCAAACAUCUUGAACAUAAUGGUAUUGACCCGUAAGGAAAUGGCCAAGGCGCCCAUCAACAACAUACUGAAAUGGUUAGCUGUGGCAGAUAUGUUUGUGAUGCUGGAAUAUAUACCCUACACAUCGUAUCAGUACAUCUACAUGGAGCCGGGUGAAAAGGAUCUGAGCUAUGGCUGGGCUGUUUUCCUUCUGGUGCAUAUGCAUUUCACACAGAUUUUGCACACAAUUUCCAUAGGUCUUACCGUGACAUUGGCCGUGUGGCGCUAUGUGGCUAUCAGCCAAAUGUUACCAUCUAUCUUCCACAGACAUCCAAAUGGGAGCUGUGCCAAUUUUCUGCUCGCACAUUCCAGAGAGGCCAUCCUAUUCCCGUUCAUCAUCUCGCCGAUACUCUGUCUGCCCACGUACUUUGUGUUUCAGGUGCGCGAGACGCACGACGUGGACACUGUCGAUCACGAGGCCCUCUAUCAUACGUACUUUGAUGCGGACUCGGUGCUCUACAGGUUCAAUUUCUGGAUACAUUCGGUGAUCAUUAAGCUGCUGCCGUGCAUUGCCCUCACCGUCAUCAGUGUGGUGCUCAUGAAUGUCCUGUGCGAGGCGUCACGUCGCCGCCUCAUGCUGAAGGACUACGCCAAUGCCAACAAGUACGCCGUACAGCUCUGCCUCAACGACACCAAGUCCAGGAGGCCACCGCGUUGCGACCGUCGCAACGAUCGGACGACUCUCCUUUUGGUGGGCGUGCUGGUACUCUUUCUGGUCACCGAGUUUCCGCAGGGUCUGCUGGGGCUCUUGUCUGGGAUGAUGGACAAGUGUUUCUUUGCCCACUGCUAUCCUCCCUUUGGCGAGCUAAUGGAUCUCCUGGCCCUAAUCAAUGCUGCAGUGGGUUUCGUCCUCUACGGCCUGAUGUCGAAGCAGUUCCGCACCACCUUCCGAUCGCUGUUCUUCAAGCAACACUUUGGCAGCACAGAGAUGACCCGCCUGACACGCGUCACCACCACCUGCGUCUAAGGAGUAGCAGCUGGCAGGUCCGCCUGGAUUUGUGGCAUCUCAAAGAUGCCGCUGAAAGGUGUCUCUAAACUAUAAACUUUCUAAAAGUGGUCUAAGCUGUGUUAUACGCUGGAAGUUGAUAGAUGUUUCGAUCGGUUAAUUGAUUGACUCGCGCGACAUGUGAUUUGGCUGUUGGCUGUUUGAAGCAAGUGCCAUUUCCCUUACCAUUUAGCUGCUGAUAAAAGUUAUUGGAUUAUUGGAUUUAAGAUUAAAUAUUAAACAUUAAAGAAAUGCUUAAAUAACCUAUCCAUAUUUGAUGUUUCAGAAUGUUAUGGAUGUCGUUUCAUUUAGGCUAAGCUUAUUAAAUGUAAAUGUACAAUUUAUUCCAGU